GCUCGCGAGCUUUGGCCGCCGCCGCCGCCUCUUCCCUCGCGAGAGCACCGGGUCGCCAUUGGCAGUGACGUCACUGUGUAUUGUUGUGAGGGGGAACGGGAGCAUCCCAGAGCUGUCAGCUGAGCAGUGUCGCUACCUGAGCCGCAGCUGCCGCCGCCGGUCCCCUGUCACGCCGAGCCAUUGUCUCCGCUCGCAGCCCCGAGUGCCCGUGGAUCCCCCACGUCGUAAGAACCAUCAAUGAGAUGCAAACAUGAAAGACAAGAGGAAGAAGAAGGACCGCACCUGGGCCGAGGCUGCCCGCCUGGCUUUAGAAAAACAUCCCAAUUCACCCAUGACUGCAAAACAGAUUUUGGAAGUCAUCCAGAAAGAAGGGUUAAAAGAAACCAGGAAUGGUACUUCUCCGUUGGCUUGCCUAAAUGCAAUGCUUCAUACUAACACUCGUGUGGGCGAUGGGACCUUCUUCAAAAUCCCUGGGAAAUCGGGACUCUAUGCUCUUAAAAAAGAAGAAUUGACUUGCCCAGCCGAUGGAACACUGGAAAUAGGCUGUGAGUCAGAGUUGGAUGGGACUGAAAUGGCCGAGGCAAGCAGCAAUGGAGAGGAAAAUGAAGUGUGCCUAAAGCAAGUGACUGAAGAAGCGUCUUCCAACCGAGUACAAAGCAAGCUAGUGUCUUCCUUCCAGCAGCACACCAAAAAGGCACUAAAGCAGGCUUUGAGGCAGCAGCAGAAGAGAAGAAAUGGGGUAUCUAUGAUGGUAAACAAGACUGUCCCUCGUGUCGUCCUGACGCCCCUAAAGGUGUCUGACGAGCAGUCGGAUUCACCUUCAGGGUCUGAAUCAAAAAACGGUGAAGCGGACAGUUCUGAUAAGGAAACCAAGCAAGGGCAAAAAUCACCUCCUGGCAAACAAAUAAGCCAGCACUUAAAGCGGCUAAAAAAAUCAGGUUUAGGGCAUUUGAAAUGGACCAAAGCAGAAGAUAUUGACAUAGAAACACCCGGAUCAAUUUUAGUGAACACUAACCUGAGGGCUUUAAUAAACAAGCAUACUUUCGCUUCUUUACCUCAGCACUUUCAGCAGUACCUCCUGCUCUUACUUCCGGAAGUAGACAGACAGAUGGGAAGUGAUGGGGCUUUACGUCUUAGUAAUUCUGCUCUGAAUAAUGAAUUCUUUGCAUAUGCUGCCCAAGGGUGGAAACAGCGGUUGUCAGAAGGAGAGUUCACUCCAGAAAUGCAAAUGCGAAUUAGACAAGAAAUUGAAAAGGAAAAGAAAACAGAAGUUUGGAAAGAAAGAUUCUUUGAAAGAUUUUAUGGAGAAAAGUCUGGAAUGUCCAAAGAGGAAUCUUUACAACUAACGUCAGUACAAAAUAGCAGUGAAGAUGAAAGCAGUUCAUUAGACACAUCUCUGAACUUGCCAGGCACAUCUACACAGUUAGAAUGCAGCACACCUGCCAGUGGUGAAACACCACUGAUGUUGGAGACUGAAGUUGUUGAAGAAGCGGUGUGUAACAUGGAGCAUGUUCCACCCAAGGACAUAAUCAGAGAAACAGAACUGGAAGAGAUAUUAAUAUCUGAGGAAUCCGUAAUACAUGAGGAGAUUGCUGAGGAAGUAGAAACCACGAUUUGUGAAUGUCAAGAAAGUGAUGACAAAGCAGAAAUUGAGCUGUCUGAAGAAGUAACAAAUCAGGACACACCGGAUGAAGAAAAAGAAGAGCCUGCUGAGAACAUUGAUUCUUGUGUUGUCAUGGAAGAUGAGACUCUGCCUCUCUUGGACACUAAAACAGUGGAAAAUGUAAAACCGGAUGACCAUCAAAGUGUCAUGGUGGAAGUCGCAACUGAAUUCGAUGAAUGCAGAUCUCCAUCCCCUGUAAUCUCUCAUAGUUCACCGAGUGAACCAGCAGAAGAGGAACCACCACCGUCUGAAGAUUUAAAUUUGUCAGUGGAUAAUGAUGCCUCCAAAGCUACUACAGAUUCUGUGUACCCUGAGGAAGCAGCUGCUGUUGAAAUGGAGCUGAUCAGUGAAACCGAUGAACAGUUCUCUGAAACUGCAUGCAUUUCGGAGACCUCAUUUUCUUCACAGAGUCCAGAGGAGGCAAGCGCUAGUCUGGCAUCUCCAGGAGGUGACACUCAGUCAGCUUCAGAGGAACCAUACACACCUGCAUCUGUUGAAGCUGCCUUCCUAUCUGAAGUUUCAAGCUUUGAAAAUGCUGAGACAGAAAGCCAACAAAAACCUCUAGCUGAAAGUUCUCCAACCUCUUUAACUUCCGAUGUUUCACCACUGUCCAACUCACCAGUGAUGUCAGAAGUAUCUCCUCGCUCUAAUCAUCCACUUACACCUGAAGCUUCUCCAUCAUCUAAUUUGCCAUUAACUUCUGAAGCAUCUCCAAUGUCAGAUGUACCUAUAAUAUCCGAAACCUCUUCAGUGUCUUCCAUAGCACUGUCCUCUGAAACCGGACAUGCACCAACUGUACCUGCUACUUCAGAUGCAUCUUCUGGAUACAGUCCUGUCCCAAAUGAAAUGCUUCAGCAAGACAGCUUCCCCACCUCACCUGAUGAAUCACAGUCACCUUUAAAAGAUGAAACUGAUGGCUACUCAGAGGCAUCCCAAACAGAUACCAUAGGCACUGAACAUGAAAGCUCUGAAACCAUAAAGUAUAACUCGGCAACUCCCAAUUCAGAUACUUCACUUUCAGAAGAUACCAUGAAUCAGAAGCACUGCAGUUCUGAGAGAGAGCACGAGAUUCCAAAUUUGGUAUCCUCACCAGAACAAUCACCACCAGAAACCAUAACUAUUAAAAAUAAUUCAACUCAUUAUCGUAUUGUUGAAAAAAAAUAUUUAUCUGCCUCACAAGAAGGAUUUGAAACAUAUUCUAGAAACAAUGACUCUGUUUACUCAAAGUCUCAUGAUAAACCAUAUGCCGCCUCUCUAGAGUCCUCUAGAACUAAAUCUCACAAGCAACAGGGUGGCUCCCAAAGCCGUGUAGACGGUUCUCAUUCGAAGUCAUAUGAACUUAGUAAAUCUUGUGAGGCAGUUAGUCGGGAGCCUGAAAUCUCCAAAAGAAAAACUGUGGAACUACACACUUUUGGAGUCUACAGGGAGAAACGACCAAGAAUAGACAAUGAUCACCCAUCAAGAACAUCUUCAAUUUCAAGUCAUACUGAGAGAGAGCACCCACCCAGAGAAGAGCCCCGUGUUCCACCUCUCAAGAUCCAAUUGUCAAAGAUUGGACCACCAUUCAUAAUAAAAAGUCAACCUGCCCCCAAGCUUGAAUCCAAGAUUUCUUCAAGUACAUCUGUUAGCGCAGGGAGGAACACUGGCGCUAGAACCCUUGCAGAUAUUAAGGCACGAGCUCAACAAGCCAGGGCACAGAGAGAAGCAGCUGCUGCAGCAGCUGUGGCUGCAGCAGCAAGCAUAGUUUCUGGUGGUGUUGGAAGUCCUUCUGAAAGCAGCAAGACCAGAACUUUGGCCCACAUUAAAGAACAGACAAAGGCAAAGCUAUUUGCUAAACAUCAGGCAAGGGUCAGUACGCAACAGACUACUAGAGAUGGUAAAACAAAAGAGGGUCUUCCAGCAAGUGAUGUGCCAACUUCUUCCGAAACGAAGGUUGAAGGUUCUACUGGUGUUAUUAUUAUGAAUCCAAACUGCAAAUCUCCUAGCAGUAAGUCCGCCCUCCACAGAGAAUUGAAUUGUACUUUACAAAAAUCCUUCAGCUCUUCUACAUCAUCGGAAACGGAUUCCGAUGCAUCUGUGCACAGCUCCAAUGAAAAUAUUCAUGUGCCACAUUCCAGCGACAAAACUGUUACAUCUACCUCCACUGAAGAUUGCAGUGUGCCAAUGCAUUAUAGCAAAAAUCUAGGUUCAAUGUCUGUCUGCCCCUCUGCUGAUGCGCCCUAUACAAAUUCACUUGAAAAAUCUGCUGUUCUAAUGUCUGGUGACAGUGAAAACACUACAUCAGCCGUCUGUAACAUUAAUAUGCUAAACCCUGUUAAGGAAACUGACAUUCCUUUCAUAGCUGUCACACCAAAAUGCACUGAUGACACUAGCAGUCAUGUAUCCAUAGUAAACUCCAUUGUCCCUGAAUCUGUCGAUGAUAAGCGAGUGCCAGUAACAACCAGUAAUGUUAAUUCUUACACCACUGUGCCAAUUUCAUCCGCUGGGAGUAGUUUGCCAAAUCCUCAUCUAACUAACUCUUUGGUAAAUUCACUUAACUCCUCAGUUGUUCCAAGCAACAUACACCCUGAUCAAUUAGUUGCACCCACGUGUGAAGAAGAAAGUGCUGUAAAUGUCUGCCCUUCUCUCCGAAGAUUAUCCAACCACGAGGAAAUCGGACAAGAUUCUCAUGGCAGGUCUUCUGUUCCUGUGUACCCUCAAACUAGAAAGGCAAUGAGCUCAGAUUCUUCCCUUGCCAAACUGCAACAUGAUAAUUUAGAUAAGAGCUCUUGUAGUAAUUUAUUUGGUCCAAACAGUAAAUCACUGCCUACCGGUUUAAUUCAGACGAAUAGAUCUAUCCCAUGCAAAGUGAUUGUUGAUCACUAUACAACUCCAAAUUCCACUUUCCCUUUCAAUACGGAAAAUUUAGAAAAUGCAGAUACACAGAACAGGUUUGGGAAAGUGGAAUCUUCCAUGCAAAAUAAAGCAUGUCCCCAGGUGUCUGUCAUAAGCAGACAAGAGAGCCUCAUUAGCGAGAGUGCUGAGCACCUGUCCAACACAAAUGUUGCUGUUGGCUUAAGCAGAGAUGACAGAAAUAAGGCGGCUGCUUGCUCUGGCCUUUUGGAAACCUCUUACUUGCAGCAAGAGAAGUUAAGUAACUCUGCUCAUUGCCAACAAAACUUUAAUGAACAACUACAUUGCACUCCUUCAUUUAAGUGUGGGGCAGAUAAUAUCAACUCUGAGUAUAUUCCAAAUAAUAGAAUAUGCUGGAAUGACAAAGAACAAAUGAACCCUGAAAAAGCAGCCAUAAAUCAUUUAAAUACACACAAGCACAUAGAGUACUCCGAAGAGAGCAUUAUUGAUAUAAAAAGUGAACCUGGAAGUUACCCACACAUGUCAAAACUUAACAGUCGUAGCCCUGUGACAAACAGCAUUCCUAUCAAAUCAGAGGUCCAUGACACCGGAAAGUGCUUUGGGAUGGAUAGAGAAGUAUUUUCAGGCCGCAACACUACACCACAAGCACCUGACUUGGAAGUAGGAAUGUCUGCAUCAAAAACACCACUUGGUGUUUCCAGAGAAGAACCUUUGUCAUUGACCGCAGAUACUUUGAAAAGGGUUACAAAUGCAGCAAGCGCAAGCUGUCGACUUUCAUCUGUAGAAGCCAACAAUCCCUUGGUAACACAGUUGCUUCAAGGCAAUUUGCCUUUAGAAAAAGUUCUCCCUCAACCUAGACUAGGAGCCAAAUUAGAAAUUAGUCGGCUCCCUUUACAGACUACCUCUGUAUUUAAAACGGCCUCUGAGAGAAUGGUCUCUGAAAACUCCUGCUCACCUACCACUGAUGGCAAAGGCUACCCGCUAGGUAGUCUAAACCCUCUACAAAUGAGAAAGCGUGAAAACCAUCCCAAGAAAAGAAUGGCAAGGAAUGUGGGCGAACACGCUCAGAUUAAGUGCGAGACUGGUAAACUUCCUAUGGAUACUGAUGCAAACUUGUCAUCUUGCAUGAUGGGUUCUAAUAUGAACCCACUGGGACAAGGGCAGUCUUUUAAGCAGGAGUGGAUGAACAAGCAUGCUGUUCCAGCCAGGAUUGCUCAUAGUCCAGAGAUUAAGCAGCAAAAGAGGCCAUUGCCUUCUUGUAGCUUCCAACAAAAUGUAUUUAAUGUUGAUAAAAAUGGCGGCUAUCAUCCAGAAGCCAGUACCUCACACAGGCAGCAUUAUUACCCAAUGCCCAUGACUCAGAGGGGUCCGAGUUCUACAGUAUAUAUGCCACCAGGAUCUGCAAAACCCCAGACUGGUAAUAAUGCAUUUGCAUUCAGUAGACACCCUGAGCAGAAGACUUUAGCUGAGGCGAAUGUACCAUCUCUUUCUCAUAGAAUGAGUAAUUCUUAUUCUCCAAACAUGUACAUUAAAGAAGGUGAUGACCUAAGCAAUGCCCAGCAGAAUUUGCAACAUAAAUUUUUAGUACAUCCUUCCUUAUCUAAUUCAGAAGUCCCUUCUGAUCAAAAGCAGCCAGCAGUUACUAUGGAAACCACUAAAAGACUUAGUUGGCCUCAGCCUACAAGCAUCUGUAGCAAUAUAAAGUCUGAGCCCAUCUCAUUCGAGGACGGUUUAAACAACAGCUGUGAACUGACCAUGAAACAAUCUUCCUAUGAGCAGAGUGAAGUCAAAGAACAGUUAAAAGCAUUCGCCUUGAAAAAUGCAGAUUUUUCUUCCUAUUUACUUUCUGAGCCACAAAAGCCUUUUACUCAGCUAGCUGCACAGAAAUCACAGACACAGCAGCUGCCGCAGCAGCAAUGUGGGAGUUAUCCAGCAAUUCACUUUGGUAGCACAACCUUCAAAAGAGCGGCGUCUGCUAUUGAAAAAUCUAUUGGAAUUUUAGGGAGCAACCCUAAGCCUGCAUCUGGACUCGGCAGUCAGAACACAGCAAUCCCUGCACAGAAUUUUGCUGACAGCAGCAGUGCAGAUGAACUGGAACUGAAGUGUUCUUGCAGGCUGAAAGCCAUGAUUGUGUGCAAAGGCUGUGGAGCCUUUUGUCAUGAUGACUGCAUAGGUCCUUCAAAAUUGUGUGUAGCGUGUUUAGUUGUUCGGUAGUGACCGAAUCAAAAUGGAGCGUCCCUUUACAGCCUACAUUUCUAUACGAGCAGUAAAAUGUUUCUGUUAUUUCACAGCCUUUUGUUUUUGUAAAACUACCGUUUUCAGUGUUAAGUUUUUAAUUCUCGAACUUUCUAGAGGAGAAAAAGAUUUCUCCUCACCAUUAUAAUUUAUUCAGUAUCAGUUUAUUAAGGUGAAGCUUUUGUGCUGUUCAGUUUCAGUUCACAAUGCAAGUAUCUGAUGUUUUUCUAUAAAUUGUAGCCUCUCUGUUUUCCUACACAUCUUUCUUGGGGCCUGGUUGCGCAAGCAUUUAGAAAGCCACAAUUCCCUGACCAGUAAAUCAUUACCUGAUACGGAAACGAUUAGUGACAGCGGUUCCCCAGUCUCAUUUAGAAAUCCCGUUAAAACAUUGUUCUAGGAUGCCUGUGUUACCCAGCCCGUACAUGUCCUUUUAAUGACUGUAUAAUAAUUACCCAGGAAACUAUCUUUAAGAUACCAACCACACUUAAGGCCAGUACACACGUCCAGAUAUGUGUGCUGAGCAAUCUAUCAGUGACCACUCAGCACACAUCUCUUCCCACGCUCAGCAAAGCACGAUAUGUGCUGAGCAAAAAGGGGGUGGGGCGGGGGCAGCUCAUUUCACCCAGCAUGUUGUGCUAGAUUGUGCCUAACUAGCAUUGGCGAUAGCGAUGUGCAGGGCCGCGCAUAGCUAUCACUGUGGAGCGUACACACGAGAUCCAUGCUUAAAAUCUAAGCUAUCUAGUCAGAUUGCUUAGUUUUUAAGAACAGAUCACUCUGUGUGUACCCCUCUUUACACGUAAAGGGUGAUAGGGUGAGACUUUCAUUAAGCCAGCUGAUUUGUCUACUUCCCAGGGAAAGUUUAUUUUGUGCAUGUGGAGGAUGAGCCAGCUCUGCGGCUCAGUUCUUCACAGUAUAAUUAGCAGUUCGGCAUAUAAACAUUGCUUAAUAUUGAUCGGAAUAUUAAUUGAUUUAAAUGCACUACUUUUUCAGUCAUUUAGCAAUAUUUGAGAUAGGUGUUACUGAUCAAAGUCCAUUAUCAGAAAAACAUGAAAAAUAUCCACUUUGUUGGCUAGUACCAAGUCACAUGAAACUGAAUGUUAGUAGCCAUUGGGUUUACAUUACCACAGUGUGGCUGUAUUUAGUACUGUAGACCUAUAACUACUUGUCAUCAUAUUGCAGAGGAUGUUAGUACCAUCAUGUGUGGACAAUUGUGUCAUAGCUCUUUCAUAGAAGAGUGUACGCUGCGUGUUUCUCAGCUUGCGAGAUAUACCUGUAAAUUUGCUGGUAGUGCUUUUUAUGCUCGCCAUGGCAUACCUACUGCAGUAGUCUAUUUGUCCUGAAUCUUCCUGUACCUGUUUGGCUUCCUAAGGUCCACAUACUGUAGAUCACUUUUUUUUUCCCUCCGUUUUUGAAAAAAAGAGCUGUAUCCCCCAUCACCGUUCCCAAAUGUAGUAAAUGGUGUCCUCCAAAAGGGCUCUCACAUUACAUAAAGUCAAGAGCAGUAUUACUGUGCAGCUCACGGUGCAAGAAGACUGUCCAGUCUUGUCAUUAGAAGGUAAAUAGAGCGCUUGAAGCUCUAGUGAAUAGAACUUAAAUGAGUGAGAUCUUCUGAAUUAUGAGCCACAGUUCAAUAUGGAAUCAGGUAAACGGAGUGGCUUCUAGAGACCCAUAUCCUACAUUAGGGGGAAUGUCAGAAAUUGGGGGAUUACAGUCAAGUAAUAAUCAUAAGAAAAACUUAUUUUUUUCUUUUAGCGAGUGCGGAGGUAAAUUUAUUUAUUUUUUAAAUUUUAAUCAUGUUUAUGAAUACAAUUAUUAUGUUCAUCUGUAUCCAGUUCUACAACUAUGGGGGGUAUCCAAUUAACCCUGAUGCAUUUUCGGGUGAUAAACCGGCUUGUAUCGCAAUUUAUGACCAAUUUUCAUUUUUGUACUAUCCAAUUAGAGGCCAUUUAUAACGGGCGAAUAUGGGCGCGUUAUUGAACGAAAACACAUGGGAUCCGGGAUAAACUCCCAGUCCCAUGUGUUAUAGGUUGAUUAUUGGGGUAUACUUAGCGUGCCUGUUGCACUGUAAGUAUAAUACCCAACAAGUGCUGGAAGGACGCAGGCAUUGCAGCUAAUAGGAUAUCCCCGCCAUACCUAUUAGCAUAGGUAAAGUACCGCUGCUAAUAGGAUAACCCCCAAAACUGUAGAAUCACUAAUGAAGCAAAGGCAGUAGUAUGUGUCCAGCUCCUUAGUGACUAUUUUAUUGCAAUUUUAACACUUGAAUUUGCCAAGUUACAUGUUGCUAUAUAUUGUCUAAGUUCUGCCUCCAUUACUAAGCCUUUGAAAAUGUGCCAUUUUUUCACAAACACAAAUACAGGAUUUAAGAUGUGGAUUUGGUAUGUAAACCCUCAGAUCCUAGUCUUACAUUGAAACAUAUAUGUAUUUGCAGUUCUUAGAGGUUAUACUGGGGAUAAGCUCUAGCUGGUGAGUGGUGGCUAGGGGAUUCAGAUACAUUCUGUGCUUGGUGCAAAUUAGGAAAGUGCUUAGAACAGGGUUUUGUUUUUCAGAAAUGGCGCUAUUUAAAUUAAGUUACUGAUGGAGAAGGAGGCAUGUACUAGGACUCAGCCAUUUGCCUCCUAGAAAUAAAGACUGCAGAUUUUGUGGUUCAUAUUUGAGUAUUUUUCAGUUUCCUGUAAUUGCUGAUUAGCAAGUAUAGGGUACUGUACAGUUGUACUUUCGUGGUAUGCGCUCAGGCUGUCGGCAUGGUGAAAAUGACGACAUUAAAGUUACCUUAAAAAUGGCUACCUGUUAUUGUCACCAUGCUAGCAUUUCAUGUGUGUCGACAUUUACACCAUGUCAGUAUGUUGACUGUCAACUUAAUAUAUCAAAUUUUAUUUUCACAUCUAUGAUAGAAACAACCCUUCUUUAUCUCUUCAGGUUUUAUAAAUGUUUUGCCAAAUAUUAGAAGCACCUACUACCAAUGUCUGCUAACCUGACUCCUUGUAAUAAUGAUCUGGUGCUGGCUGCAUCCCCUUACACCCACUGCAGUAGAAAGGCUAGAUUAAUUAGCUUAUGUUAUUUAUUCCAGUUGUGGCUAUCACAGUUGGAAACUGAUUGACAACACACUUGGGAGGUUUGCUAUUGUACUUGCCUCAUCGAUAAAUGGAUCGCGGCCACCUACAAUAUGUAGACUUACGGGACACUCAUGAAUUACACAGGUUCUCUGGCUGCAGAAAACCAGGUGAAAUGUAGGCUUGAAGUCAGCCAGCCACAGAACCUGUGUAAUUCAUGAGUAUCCCGGUAUCAAGGUAAGCCUAACCACAUGCCAUUGCUAAAUUUGAAAAUUCUGAAAAAGGCAAACUUAAGUUGAUGUAAAAUAUACAAAUGCAUUGGAUUCAGUUUUCCCAUUCUAAAAAUUUAAUUGGAAGUUUUGUGAUUUUAUAUUUUUCUAUUAUUUUUUUAAUGCCAAUAUAUUUAUUCCUGGCGGCUGUUAGCUGAAUGUGUUUACAAGCUAACUGACACUAGAUAAUAUCAGGGCUUUCUGUUUUGGUCUUUCAAUAAAUGGCUAUAAACAAAUCAUAUGGAAAAUAAUUUCUGAACACUAAAUAACGACACUACUUAACUCCAUCUGAUUACAGUUUCAUUCCAGGCUGAAACUCUAAAUCAAUGAACAGCACUUUAUAUAGUGCAAUGCUGACAUCAUGUGGUCAUAUUGCAUUCUGAUGUACUUCUUUCCGCCCAAGUACUUCACCUUAUUACAGAAUAUUAGUUUGCUUUGAUACAUUGACUCUCUUAUGUAAUGCAUAGUGUGCAGGAUCAAUAUAUAUAACACAAAAUACUUUUCCCAUAAGUUUUUUUUUUUUGUUUUUUUUAAACUUGUCAGUCAAUUUUAAAAAAUAAUGUCAAUUUCUUAACAGUAGCCCAUGUAGUGCGGACAAAUGUCAAUUAUUGUGAUAAAUGCAAACUAUUUUUCAGUUUGUUGUCCAAAGUGUUCUGGAUUAUACAUGCAUUGCUUAAUGUGUGGAUGCCACAUACUUUUGAUAUCUGAUAUUUAUUUUAGUCUUUUUUAAUCAAAACAAAUUGGCGACAGAGUAUGUUUCCUGCUUCUUGCAGUCUGCUCUAAUUUUUUCUUGUCUUGUUAAUCCUUUAUUUAAUUAAGUAUAUUAAUACUGUUCGCUUUUUGCUCUUGUCAUGUGCUUUUAUUUUUAUUUUUCUGUACAUGGGUGUUACAUUAAUUUCCAUGUUAAAAGAAACCCUCUUUGGCUUACAUUGUUAACCUCAUAUGUUGUGUUUGUAUAGGUAUUGUUUUGAUUUUGUAUGAGCUUGUCUUUAUAUUUAUUGACCAAUGGAAUGAUAUGGUGUGUAAGUAAUUUGGUUAUUGAUAAACAUUUAAAAGUAAAGGGAACUAAUCAAUUUAUGGACAUAUUCGUAAAAGGUCCAAUAUAUUAUUAAUAUCCAUUUUGUGGUGCGUUAGAAUAAAAUCGAUGCAUAGGCUGCAAAUAUGUAAGAACUCUGACCUUAGAAAAACAAAAUAAAUAUAUAUAUAUAUAUAUAUAUAUAUAUAUAUAUAUAUAUAUAUACUUCAGUGAGUGAAAAUGUAAAGGCCAUUUUGUCAAACAUAUUUUAUUGGUCUGCAGCAGUUCUAAAUUAUUUUCAUCCACAGUUAAAAUUACCAAUCGAUGAGUUAUAUGGUUUUAUGUUUUUGUUUCUUUUUAAUAAACAUUUGAAUGAUAUGAUUUUUUUAAACCUAGAAAGAAAAGCUGCUUAUUUUCAACAUACUGGGCUGUGUCCUAUACCUGAUAGUAAUUGUUUAACUUAGUUUGUAGAUUACUGUAUCAUUGUACUGUUAAGUGUUCUGAAAGUGCUUCACUUUGUUGCCAUAUUGUUUUGGGGAUUUUUUUUUUAUUUUGUACUGAUGUAAAAUAUUUUCUUCUAGAAAACAAAUGCGCCUUUUUCUCCCAACACAGGGUUUUGUUUUCUUUUUCAGUAUUUCUGAAUGUUUACACAUUUGCUAUAAUGCCUCCUUGCAAGAAGUAUUAUACAGCAGUGCAGUUAUACUAAUGGCAGGUACCUUUUUGUGGCCCUGUACUGGAACUAUCUGCAAUGCAUUGCUGGGCGAUGCAUUCCUAGCCCUUCACUACAGCGUGAUAUUUAUUCUUGUAAAGCUAUUUAACUUUCACAAGAACAAGCAUGCGUUUGCCAGCUGUUUCCCCAAAUCCUGUAAAGCCUUAUUUCCAUUAUACCAGACCAAGGAGGAGUUUAGCAGUGUCAGAUGUAUCAGUAGCAUAAAACAACCCUUUGUUUCUCCUACCAAAGAAAAUGUUCUUAUACUACAAACUUGUUAAUCGUUUCAUUUGUCAUUGUUAAUUAUUAUCACCAUAGAAAAUGUCUGACAAAACUGCUAUCCUAGCAUUGCUAUCUGACAACUUACAUGACAGUACCACAACUUUGUUUUUUUGUUUUUUCUGUUACAGUAUUUUAUUUAGAAUUCAGGGAUCAUGUUUUGUUUUUUAUGUUAAUGGUGCUUGUAUUAUUUUUUUUUUCUUUUCAAAAUUGCCUAUGAAAAUGACUGCUCACAGCUCUAUAACUUAUAUAUCACAAAUAAUGUUUUCCCAUUCCUUCAUUCUCCAUUAAGAAAAAAGGUCUUCUACAGCAAAUAUU